AUGAUUAUAUCCCUACUCCUCGUUGAGCAAAUUAAUGUACAUAAGUGCAAUCAUGAUCUUGAAAUGGGCAAUAUAACAAGAACGCUUCAAGGACCUAAAUUAUCUCGAAAUCUUAAAAAUGUCGAAUGGAAAAACAUCAGAAUAAAAUUAGAUUAUAACUACAUUGAUAAAUCAAAAGAUGAUCAACGAACCUGCCAAACCGUUAGACAACAUGUUCGAUUCCAAGGCAAGACUUACUUUUGUGAACAGAAACAUAUUUUAACUUCAACUAAGAUUUCGACUAUUAAGGGAACUCUUGACAACGUUAAGACAUACUUGGAGAGACUUCUUUCCGUAAUUCCCUAUAAUUCAGAUAUUCAAUAUACAGAAUUUAAUGGUAACUAUGGAUACGAGACGAAUUUUGGCUCCCAAACAGCAUCUGGAGUUGAUAUUGUACUUGCGAUACUUUCAAGACCAAGAGAUGAUGAUGAUUCUACACUUGCAUCAGCAGCUGGAUUAUCAGAAGAGAGAACAUAUCACAGACCAAUAUUUGGUGUCGUUUUCCUAAAUCCAAUGGCAGUUCCAGAACAAGUACAAAAUGAAAACUCAAAAGAUUCAAGAUUCUUUUACACUUGCGUUCAUGAAAUUUUCCAUGCUUUGGGUAUUUCAUCAUCAUAUUUUGAUUAUUACCAUCCUCACGAGUCAACAUCUCCGCAUUCACGAAUAACAUGCAGUUUUACAAAAUAUGGGAGAAGUUUUACUUUCUUAGUAACACCAUACGCCCAUAAGUUUGCAAUGAAGCGCUUUGGAGUUCAGGAAUUCCAAGGAACUUAUGGAAAAUGUCCAUCUGGAUUAGAAAUUGAAAAUGAUGGCGGUCAAGGAACAGCAGGAAGUCAUUUAGAAGCAAGAUCUUACAUGACAGAUUUGAUGGUUGGCAUGACAAUUCAAACAGAAGCUGGACCAUAUUCCAGGUUGACUGACGCUGUCCUUGCAGUUCUUAUGGAUACAGGUAACUACAAAGUUAACUGGAGAAUGGGACAACCAUUAGUAUGGGGCCACCCAGAAUCAAUUGACGGAAAACCAAUUCCAAACUUUGCAAUUGGUCCUCCACAAAAUGUUUUCCCUAAGUAUUAUAUGAGAAACUUCUCAGUAUAUGAAAAGUGGUAUGCAAGUUUUGAUUUCAAAUUCUCCGGACCAUUUUCAGGACCUGUAACCAUUAAUGGAUUAUCUAAUGAACAAAAACAAUUUUACGAUCCGAAAGGCAUUGGAGUUGGUAGAACACAAGUUUAUGAUUUCAUUCCAUUUUAUUUUCCAAAUUAUGUUUGUCCUAAUGGACAAGCUAUCCUUCCAUCAACAAUGUCAUAUAAUUACCACAAAUGCGGUACAUAUACAUGCGACGGAUAUAAAUCGUUCACAAUUCAAGUCAAUAAAGAUCUAGCUGCAACUCAGUUUGAAAGUGUCACAUGCACAAAAGAAAACGCAACUAAGGAAUUUUCUUUGCCAUUAGGUUACUAUCGCAGACAAGUUUCUUGUGUUGAUCCUGAAAGAUUCUGCAGGUCUGUGAAACUUAACGAAAUGAAGUUUGUUGUUGACCCAUUCAAUCCAGAUACAAGGCAAUUGAAUAGUGAUUCUCCAACACCGACACAGCCUGAACCUGAUAAUAAUCCAUCAGCACCUGAACCAGGAAAUAAUCCAUCAGGACCCGAACCAGGAAAUAAUCCAUCAGGACCCGAACCAGGAAAUAAUCCAUCAGGACCCGAACCAGGAAAUAAUCCAUCAGGACCCGAACCAGGAAAUAAUCCAUCAGGACCUGGAGUUGAAAAUCCUUCAGGAACUGGAGGAAAUGAAACAACAACAACAGGGUCUGGAGGUUCAUAUGAAAAUUCCAAAGCAGCAGAAAAGAAGGCUAAAAAGAAAAAGUUGAUAAUUAUUGCGGCAUGUGCCGGAGUUGCAGCUUUAAUUGUGAUUGCAUUUAUUGCAGCUUUGGUUAUAUUUGCAAUUAGAAAUGCAAAAGAAAAUGCAUAUCUUGAGGAUUCUGAUGCAAAUUAUAUUGUUUAG